GUCUCGGCGGCGGGCGGUAGGUACACGGCCAAGCGAGCGCAAGCGAACCAGUUGUCAGACAGUUCCGUCGUAACAACCAGGGCUGCAGCACUUAGCUGCCUUCGCCGCCCGCAUAGUUGGUGUCACAGGGAGAAAUAACUGACUGACGGACAGACGAGAUCGACUGUACACGCAGAGAGAGCAACAAAAGACGGGGGCUGGCUGCCUGGCCGGCGCUAGACUACCAGACAAGCGGGCAGACAGACACAUCGGCGACAAACUGAGUGUGCAUGUAUAGCAGAACGUUACAAUGCCGAGGGAGUUACUGCUGAUCCCCGGUAGGUGGUAGCGCCUCCUGCAUCCAUACACUGUUUUGACGGACCCUGCCGUGUCUCUGUAGUAGUGUACGAGUUUGCUGUGCAAAAUUUAAGAGUCCACUAACGUGUUUUGUGAAAAAAGAUCAACUGUUUAUAUUACUAAUUCUGCCAGCACGACUGCUUGUCUGGAUGACUGUUCAUAUAGACGUACCCAUCAUCUGGCAGCGCAUGGAAAAAGAGUAUGAACUAGUUGUUGCUUGUGCGGCGGCCAGUUUGAUUUUAACAUCAUCUUCAUUAGGAUUCACUGUCAUCGCGGUGGUUUUGCUGCCGCUGCUGCUGCUUGUGGUGGAAGUAGUAGUCGUAGGCUUUUCAUUGUUCGUAUUGUCGUUUUCGUGUGUGAGGUGAUCGGUCGAGCACGAUUAACCAAAUAUCCCGUUUGUGUCGGGUCGAUGCUCGGAGCGCGAAGUGCCCUUAUUUGCAGUAUGCCAUGUAGGGCGGCCUGGGCCGCUAGAAAGGCCCCGAUGUCCUAAACAAUAGGCCAUCAUCCAACGUUCGGUGCAACGUUACUUACUACUACUGCUGAUCUGCAUUAUCUAUCGAUAGCAGGAGCGGUUGUAGCAGUAUGUCCACUUUACCUUUGAAGCACCCGCCUACCCAAACCCUAACUCAUGCAAAGUGGUAUUGAAUGGAAACGUCGCCCAUGGUAAAAGAACCUAAAUAUACCUACAAUUUUCAUCAAAUAUCUUGAUGCCUUUGCGGAUAUUUUUAGAACGACUGCAACAUUAUAUAGUGAUAUCAUCACUAAAUUUGUGCUGGCUAGCUGACAGACCGAUUGGCUUGGUGUGCGCACCUAAGUGUGUGUGUGUGUAGAUCUCGUGGCUACGGGUCGGUGUCUUAUGAACGACUCCUACAACUGUCGCACACAAAGCCGCUGUCAGUGCAGCUGCUGCUCUUCACCGCAGUUUUGGUGGUAGUGCUAGUGGUGUCUCGAGUGAGAUCAAGAUGAGCAGUGUUAUUCCGGAAGAUUUGUCCCACCUGGAUCUGCCACCAGAUGUCCUAGAAAGGCUGUCAGAGCUCGAUCUCGAACUCGCCGAAGGCGACAUCACUCAAAAGGGUUAUGAAAAAAAGCGUCGCCGACUACUGCAGCCCUUCCUCGACACCACCGAAUCAUCCGCUCUUUUGGGUGCAGCAGCCCCAACAAAGCCAUCGUCGAAAAUCCCGGUGGCCACAAAGCGUUCGCGUGUGACGCGUAGUGAGUCUCGGUAUCAUUCAGAGGCUCGGCAUGAAGCGGUGCAGCAUGUCCUAGCCCAAGCCAAGGCUCAGGAGAAGACGACCCGUGCGCCUAUGCCAUCCAAGAGAAAGAACUCACUCGCAUCAUCAAAAGUAUCUCAUCAGCAGCAUCACAACAAUGUCUACAGAAAUCUACAGCACGCGGAUAGUUCAUCAGACGAGGACAGCGCAACGGGACGACCUUUGCUGUCAUCAUCGCCUUCAACAGCUACCUCACACGAGUCUCUUCACACACCUCAAGCAGGACCUCAUGCAGCUGGUGGCGGUAUCGGCGCCAUAAUCGGAAAUUCGGGACAGCAGCAGCAGCAAACUACAAUUGCAGACCAGCCACCUCCAUUGCCACCCACACCUCGUCCUCAGCGACUGCCCCCCCCGGACGUAACCCAAACGUCAAGUCCAUCGUCCCUGGGGGGUAGGCAGGCGUCGCAGGCGAGUGGGCCUGGAAUUCAUACACCGCAACGAGGAGGAGGAGAUCAACUUGAUGCACAGGGAGACGGAGCGCGGUGGAAGGUGUCAGCAAAGAUUCAACAACUUUUGCAAACACUUAAAAGGCCGAAAAAGCGUACCCUACCAGAGUUCUAUCAGGAUGAUGAAUCAUUUUACUGCAGCACAAACGCGACUCCGGUGUCUGCCCCACCACUAGAGGGCCCCGAAAUGGAACCGGUAAUUGGAGAAAAGCUCGAACUACCGGCUGGCCUUCCUUUAAGCGUCGAGGCUGCUCUCCAGCGUUACGGAACCUCGACCAUGAAAGCUCCUGCCGCUACCGUUCUUGAUGGCCAAGGCAAAGUGGGAACUACGUUGCUAUAUGGUAAACUGUGGUCACGGGCACGUAAAAUUGCGUACGCAUUAUUAAAUCGCUUUGGAAAAGCCACGUCGAAAGGCGGGGCCGAAGGCAACGUCAUCAAGGUGGGUGACCGGGUAGCCCUAGUGUACCCCAACAACGAUCCUUUAGGCUUCAUGUGUGCCUUGUACGGAUGUCUAACAGCGGGGGUUAUACCCGUCGCUGUAGAAUUGCCACUAUCAAGACGAGAUGCAUCCACUCAGCAGAUUGGUUUUCUUCUUGGAAGCUGCGGAAUAUCUCACGCUCUCACCUCAGAAGUGUGCUUUAAGGGUCUACCGAAGUCAUCUACUGGUGAACCAGCUGCGUUUAAGGGUUGGCCCCGUCUCGAGUGGUGCGUCACCGAACAUUUGACGAAGCCACCGAAGGACUGGCAACCAUCUCCGCGACACGCCGACAGCUCAACUGCGUAUAUCGAAUAUUACGUCGAUAAAGAAGGCUCAAUGAAGGGCGUUGCCGUUACAAGGCAAAGUCUCGUGUCACAUUCAAGAGCACUCACUGCAGCAUGUGGUUAUACUGAAGGUGACGUAAUGGUUUGCGUUGUGGAUUACAAACGGGAAAUGGGAUUGUGGCACUGUGUACUAACGAGCGUGUUAAACGGCAUGCAUGUCGUAUUUAUCCCAUAUUCACUACUGAAGACGCAUCCAGCGGCAUGGAUGCUCUCUAUUCCCCGUUUUAAGGCUACCGUAUCUGUAUGCAAAAGUAGAGAUCUCCAUUGGGGAGUGCAGGCAACGCGAGACAAUAAAGAAGUAAACCUUUCGACAUUACGUCUUCUUCUGGUUACCGACGGCGCUAAUCCAUGGUCACUUUCAUCGUGUGACGAGUUCAUUGCCACUUUCCAUUCCCGUGGUCUUCGACCCGAGACGGUUUGUCCAUGCGCGUGUUCACCUGAAGGCUUGACGGUGUCAGUACGUCGACCAGGUCGUGUGGGGGCUGGGUCUUCCGGUCGCGGAGUAUUAUCCAUGGCUGCACUUUCAUGUGGAGUUAUCAGAGUCGACCUGGAAAACUCUCUGACCUCACUCACGAUACAGGACUGCGGCCAUAUCCUGCCAGAAUGUACAGCGGUUGUGGUAAAAUUGGACGGGCCUGCGCAGGUAUGUCGUACUGAUGAAAUUGGGGAGAUAUGCAUCAGCUCGUCGACUGCGGCCUCCAGCUACUGGGGUCUGCAAGGAUUGACGCAAAGCAUCUUCAAGGUGCAACCAUUAAGUGGGAACGGAAAGCCUGUGGCCAUCUCAUCGAGCGGGGGAGGAUUUGUACGAACCGGUCUUCUUGGAUUCGUGGGACCUGGUGGCCUUGUAUUUGUUUGUGGCAGCCGUGAGGGACUAAUUCAGGCUGGAGGGCGACAGCAUAACACAGACGAUCUCAUCGCCACAAUCCUUGCUGUGGAACCUGUGAAAUUCAUAUAUAGGGGACGAAUUGUCGUAUUCGGUGUUAAGGUUCUUCGAGAUGAGCGUAUUGUCGUUGUUGCAGAGCAGCGACCCGACUGUUCUGAGGAAGAAUCGUUCCAAUGGAUGAGUCGCGUUUUACAGGCGGUUGAUAGCAUACACCAGGCAGGAAUUUUCUGUCUUGCUCUAGUCCCGCCCGGUUAUCUUCCGAAAACCCCGUUGGGGGGAAUUCAUACGGCCGAGACCCGACGGCGCUUCCUCGAGGGGUCCUUACAUCCUGCCAACAUUCUCAUGUGUCCCCAUGCCUGUGUUACUAAUCUUCCAAAACCGCGGGAGCCCCAACCUGUUGGUCCCGCUUCUGUACUCGUUGGCAGCAUUGUUCAAGGCGUUCGGUUAGCCUCUGCCAGUGGCCGCGAACUGGGUCCUCUAUCGGACUCUUCGUCUGCUGAGGAGGAGGUGUGCAAAUAUCAAUUCAUUGGAGAGAUCCUCAAAUGGCGAGCAGCGUCGACACCAGACCACGUUCUGUUUACGCUUGUCACACCGAGCUCGAAGGCCGGCGCUCCGCCGCAACUGACGACGCUCAGCUGUGUUCAGCUGUUCAAGAAGGCCGAGAGGAUCGCUUCAAUGCUUAUCGACAAGGCCAAGGUCGGUAGGGUGAACGUCGGGGACAAUGUCGCCCUCGUGUACCCCGCGGGGUUGGACUUAACCUGCGCUUUUUACGGCUGUCUGUAUGCGGGUCUCGUUCCUGUAGCUAUCCGCCCACCGCACUCACAAAACUUGGCAGCGACUCUACCCACUGUCCGAAUGAUUGUCGAUGUCAGUCAGGCGGCACUCGUACUGACAACAGCGGCGAUCUCCAAACUACUUCGUGGCAAAGAAGCGACCGCGCUAGUCGAUGCCAGAUCAUGGCCAACCGUCCUCGAUACAGACGACCCGCCGAAGCCCAAGAAAGGCGUUCAGCUACAACGGCCACAAUUGGCAGAUUCACUUGCUUAUGUCGACUUCAGCGUCAGCACUACAGGCAUGCUGGCUGGCAUAAAGAUGUCUCAUGCAGCUACUACUUGGUUGUGUAGAAGCAUGAAACUCGCCUGUGAGCUGUAUCCCUCUCGACACGUGUGCCUCUGUCUAGAGCCAUACGCCGGACUCGGGUUGGCUUUGUGGUGUCUCAGUUCGGUCUACGCCGGUCAUCACACGUUGCUUGUACCACCGGCUGAAGUCGAGGCUCAGCCGCAUUUGUGGCUCGCCACGCUCAGUCAACACCAGGUUCGAGAUACGUUCUGUUCGUACGGAGUUAUGGAACUUUGUACACGAGGCCUAGGCACGUCCAUUCAAGAACUCAAGGCUCGUGGGCUAAACCUGAGCUGCGUCAGGACGUGCGUGGUUGUUGCCGAGGAACGACCUCGUACAGCAUUGACUCAAACAUUUAGCAAACUGUUCUCGGCGUUGGGCUUAUCAUCGCGUGCGGUGUCGACCUCGUUUGGCUGUCGAGUGAAUGUGGCUCUAUGCGUACAGGGCGCAUCAUCCCCAGAUCCGUCGUCAGUUUACGUUGACAUGCGCGCACUACGCAACGACAGAGUCACCAUCGUUCAACGAGGCUCGCCGCAUUCACUUUGCCUACUCGAGAGUGGCAAGCUUCUCCCUGGAGUAAAGGUGGUCAUUGCCAAUCCUGAAACGUUGGGUCAAUGUGGCGAUUCCCAUCUUGGUGAAAUCUGGGUUCAAAGUCCCCAUUCAGCUGAUGGAUUCUUCCGGGCAGGCGGCGAUGCUGAUUCAGACCAUGAUGAUGUGUUUCGAGCCCGUUUGAGCGCAGGGGAAACCCAAGUCCCAUUUGCGAGAACAGGUUACCUCGGGUUCUUGCGUAGAGUUCGCGACACCAGUGGACAAAGUGAUGCUGAAGACAGCGGUGAUGAUGGGACGUUGCUCACUAGCGAAAGUAGUCGAAAUAUUGACGGUGGUAGUGCUCCUGCGGGCGGGGGUGGCGCCAGCAGUAGUGGACACGACGCCGUUUUUGUCGUUGGCGCCCUCGAGGAGACGAUUAUGUUGCGCGGGAUGAGGUAUCAUCCCUGCGAUAUUGAAGCAACUAUCCAGCGCUGUCACAAGAAGAUUGCCGAAUGCGCGGUGUUUACGUGGACAAAUCUUCUAGUAUCGGUAGUGGAAUUGGAUGGAUCGGAAGCAGAAGCUCUUGACCUCGUUCCCCUUGUAACAAUCGCCGUCCUCGAACAGCAUCAGCUCAUUGUCGGUGUCGUCGUUAUCGUGGAUCCUGGUGUUGUGCCGAUCAACUCCAGGGGCGAAAAACAACGUAUGCAUCUUCGAGACUCUUUUCUGAGCGAUCAGCUGGACCCCAUUUACGUGGCAUACAAUAUGUAAUCCGUCAGCAAAUACAAAAGAAGCAUAAGGAGCAAACCCAACGAUUAGGUUCGCAAGCAAAUAAUGUUACGUUUACAUAAGGGUGAAGAGAAAAGAAUACGGUGCAAAAUUUAUUAUUUCCGAUAACGCUUAAUAA